GAAUCAAGGAAUUCUAGAUCAGACCCAAGCAACAAUCUUAGCAGCAAUCUUAGAGGUGAAAAAAGCAAUGGAUCUCCUAUUCGUGGGAUUCAACUACCCACUCCUCCAAACCCUACAGCACAUGAUAGACACAAUUGGAGAUGAGCUGGAUGCGAACGUCACCGACGCAGGCAGCAAGUCCUCGUCUUCUGUGAAGCGACAACGACCAUGCGUCCUCGCCAGAGUCGUCGGAUCUCUCAAUCUCUCCGCAGAGUCUCCGGAUCUCACCGCCUCCCAAUCACUCAACCGAACUCCACUGAGUCACCGUAGGAGGAGCAUGGGGAGUCAAAUUUGCCUUUGAAAACCUCUGCCAGCAUCGUGACGAGCCGAGCGAAGUUUGUAUCCGUCGAUUUGUCUCAUGAUUGAGGAGUGCAGAUAGACGUAGAGGCUGAGGUGGUGGAUGAGAAAGGAUAAUAACACAUAAAUUAGGCA